ACAAUUGGUACGCAAACAGAACAGACAGUACUGAACAAUUCUCUCUCGUAUUUACAAAAAGAUUCAAGUCAAAUCCGCUUUUAUCGUAUAUCUUUUAUUAUUGUUAGAAUACUCUGAUAGUAACUUGUUAUUUGCAAGACGUAUCUAACACUUGAAAGACGUAUACAAAAUGCCGAAAGUGCGUCCAACGAUUCCCGUUUCUCCCAUAUAUUUCAACGUAGCUGAGUAUUGCUUGUUCGGGAUUAUUUUAGGAGUGAUUGUUGGAAUAAUUGUGUAUUAUAAUGUGGUUAAUAGGAAAUAUAAUACGGUUUCCGGGUUUUUGUUUGGAGGGAAGCAUAUGUCGGUUAUAUCUAUAACUUUGGCUCUCAUCGCGAGCCACCUAACCAGCAUCACGCUACUCGGAGUACCUGUGGAGAUUUACCUCAGGGGUACUCAGUAUUGGGCAUCGGCACUCUCGCUUAUCAUCGUCACCUUCCUCACGGCAGUCAUAUAUUUACCAGUUUUCCACAAAUUGCAACUGUCUUCGAGUUUCGAAUAUUUAGAAAUAAGAUUUUCAACGCAUACGCGGACGAUUGCUGCGGUGUUGUUUGUGGUCAGCAAACUUAUGCUCUUGCCCAUAGUGCCCUAUGUGCCCCUUAUGGCAUUUAGACUGGUAACAAAUCCGCUGACGGCACGUAUAACUGCAGUGCUAUGCGUGACAUGUGCAACACUAAGUGCGAUUGGAGGAUUACGAGCUAUCGUCUCCAUAGGAAUAAUGACAACUUUCUUAGCUCUGGCCGGUACUGCCUUGCCCAGUGGACUAGCGCUCCUGCCCAUGGGAUUCAAGAGAAUGUGGGAAAUUGCCAGUCAUGGAGGAAGACUAGUUUUAUAUGACCCAGAUCCAGAACUGGCCCACCACACGUCCUUCUUCGCAGUUACAUUAGCUUUAUCAACGAAUUGGCUUUGGAAGAUAGCCCUAAGUCAGUCAACACUACAGAAGCUGCUAGCAGUGCCCACAAUAAGUCAAGCCAGGGUUUGUCUGUUAGUGUCAUGUGUUGGAGUCAUACUGAUGAAGCUUUUGUCUUGCUUCCUCGGAUUGGCGUUGUACGCGUGGUUCGCUGGUUGCGAUCCUUUACUGACGGGACAGAUUAAGAAACAUGAACAGUUAGUUCCACAUUUCUUAAACAAUUUAUCCAUGAUGUUUCCUGGAAUAUGUGGGAUCUUCAUAAUAUCCAUAUUCAGCGCGACAACCGGUUGUAUAGCCUCAUUGAUUAACUCUAUUGCUGGAGUACUCUUUGAAGAAUUCAUCAGACCAUGGAUGCCACAGAGUACCAAUGAGUUGGCUUGCUGUAAGAUUAUGAAGUGUCUCUGCGUCUUGGUCGGCCUUUACUGCGGUUCAGUCGUUUGGUUUGCCAAGGAACUGGAUCGUCUACAGCAUGUUGCGUCAGGAGUCACAGGAGUUACGGCUGGCACUCUACUGGGCUUGUUCACCCUUGGAAUCGUCUUCUCAAGAGCCAAUUGUUCCGGAGCUCUAAGUGGUUGUUUGUUGAGCCUAAUUCUGUGUGGGUGGCUACUCAUUGGCGCAGAAAAUGCGCUGGCCACUGGAGCGUUGACCUUUCAGGGGAAACCACUGGCGACAUCGGGGUGCGGGAAAGCUAAUUUCACACAUGUAGUGGUCAACUUGACCACAAUGGUACCUAAUGCUGCGAAUCAGAUACCAUCAAAACCUUUACAAUCACUGUUCCGGAUUUCCUUCACAUACUGUCCAUUCGCUGGAGCGGUAUCAGUUCUACUGAUUGGAGUCCUAAUGAGCUACCUCACGGGAAAAUCCAAGUCAGACUCCAUGAAUCCCGAUGUUUUCUGUCCGUUAACCCAAAGUUUUCUUCACAAGUCCAUGAUUAGAAGUCCCACAGCAUCGCUUGAACCGAGACCGCAAAAUACACAGGAAGUCUACUUCGCUUUGGAUGAGGCACUGAAACAUUUGAAAGAUGUUAUUGAUCGAUAAAUAAAUGUGAUAAAAGUCA